AUGGCAACUGCAGAAGCUAUACCUGAAGGAGUAGGAGGCCCUGUAUUAGAAACCACCCAGCAAGACUUUUUGCAAGAAGCAAAAUCUCUUAUUGCCCAGCAUCACAGGAGAUUAAAUGAGAAUAAGGCUCAAGGAACGUCUAUAGAUGUCUUUAAAAAUAAACACCAAAAACCAAAAACUGUCACGUUCAUACCUUUUGAGGUUAAGAAAAGUGAAAUCCUUAAUGUCGUUCAAGAACAUCAGUUGGUACUCAGAAGCAUCAGCUAUCCCAGGGAUACUUCCAAGUGCACAGCUUUAAUUGAGGCCUCACAGCAGAUUUCCUUCAAGGAGCCACAUGUUUCGAAUAUAAAAGAGAAGUACCACCCUGUAGACCUUUUUAAAACAGAAAAAGUUAAACUGGGUAAAAUAAUGAAUGAUAUUGAAUCCGUGAGUAAGCAAAUGGAGAUGGAGAAGGAGAUGCAUCUCAGGAAGUCCAGAAUGUUGGAACCCUUCCAUUCCCACAUUGGCUUGCCUUUGCAUAAUCUGACCUCUUCUUUGGGACUUCUGAAGGAACUUGCUGACAGGACGCUUUAUGAUUGGAGGAGCACUGCAUCGAUAAGAUCUUCCCAUUUGCCUCAUGAAUCUGCUCAGAGUUUAUCAGAGUCCUCAGUGACAUUUAAGGAUUAUUAUAUGAGACCACUUAAGAAGAAAGAUCUACAACCUAUCAAGAAAGAACUAAAGACAGAAAAAAGCCUGUAUCAAAAUAACACAGAAACUACCCAGCACAGAAGGUCUGGUGAUAGGAAUGGCUGUCAGUGCUUAGAGGACAGUGCCCUGCGGGUUUUCUAUCAUGGGCCAAAUUUGAAAACAGUUAUAAAAAUGUAUCAGUGCUUAAUCCACCGUGUUAGACAUCGACUUGGUCUUUGGAGGACAAGACAGAUUAUAUACUUUGGAGAGUUAGAAGAAUGGAUGGACAGAAAAAAAUUCUAUGAAACCAUGUUUGUCAAGAGAGAAGACUGGCAAGGACUAGAAAGAAGUGAGCUGCUGAAAUACUUCAAUGACUGUGGUCAUUUCCCCACCCAAACCCAGAUCGAUGAGUACUGGGACCUGCUCCACAGACAUGGUCGAGGAAAAUAUUCUGAAGUAAUCAAAAAGUCCAAUGCUAUUGAACUUUUAUUUACACUCUAUCCUCCUCAAGGUGCCAGAGUGAACGUUAGCACAAGACUACGGUCUACGUGGCUGAGACCCUUGGUUGAUGGGGAAGAAGGCUAUAAGUACAUAGUGAAUGGACAUCCAAUACUCAAGAGAGCUAACAUCCGGACUGUUGGCAAGUUGGUGGCUAGAUCCAUAAGAGAAAGGAAAAUGAGACAAUUUUAUAAAACAUGA